AUGGCGACAGCACCGCAAUGGGCUUCUACACAGCGUCACUCCUCCACCGCAUCCUCCGCAGAACCACCGGCCGACUCUCCCGAAGCCAGUACGAUCGACCAGAUCAAUGUACUCAUCGAGCGCAUCAGUGAAACCGAAGAAAGAAUGGUGCAAACAAUGGAUGAAUUGGAUUUGUUGGCGGAAUCGGAAGGCGCUGACGACCUCCUGGCCGACUUCAUGAGCAACCGGGACCUGCACACCCCGGAAUCAUGGGUGAAUUUAGUUCGACAGCAAUUUGGUGAUACCAUUCCAGAUGGCGUCUUGAAUGAAGGAGAUAUGAAACUAUAUAUCAGUCUUUACGGAGAGCCGAUCGUCCAUGAGAUCUUCGAGGAAGGAAUUGCAGAGGAAGAAGGGGAUUCAGAUCAGUUAUUCCGUGAGGAUGGAGAAGGAGGUUGGGAGGAGAUCGAGUACAAGGAGAAUGUGGAGUUUGAGGAAGACGUGCCUGUGGUCUACGAUAUGGAGGCCGGACCGGAAGAGAGGGAGACAAUUGCCAUGCAGCGGACUCGAGAAGUGGCUGAGCAACUCGGCGGCGAGAUCAUGCUAGAGCAGUUCGAGAAUGAGGCUGUUCCAGACUCUACCCCCAGAGCUCAUCCUUUAACCCUGCUAGGGAAAUCCCAGACUGAUCCCAGCACGAUUCACCUACCCAAGAACUCACUGACUGGCCCCAUCUCCGUCAUCUUGUCAGAGGUCUCCAACAGACACGUCGCUGAGACUGCUCACCGUUUGUUCGGCGGCCCAGGUCUUCCUCAUUCCACUACAACUCCGCCUCCCCGCGCACAGCUACCUCAGCUUCCAAUCCCGAUUCAUGCAUCGCAGCACUACAUGGCAAACAUGGAGGCCAAUGCAUACCUCGCGGUCCUCUACCCGGGAAUCUACGCGUCUGCACUGAGCGUGCUGGUUGAAGUGCGGAAACGCCUUGGGACAGACUGGAUUCGCAACCUUAUUACUCAAGAAGGUGGCCCGAAUGUUCUAGAUGCUAGCGGUGGUGGUGCUGGCAUCUUAGCUUGGCGCGAUGUCAUUCGUGCGGAAUAUGAGACGAUGGUUCCCGACCACCCACAAGAAGAUCCUGUUCCAUAUGGACGAUCAACGGUUCUGACAGGUUCAGACGCGCUCCGUUUGCGUGCAAGCGCAAUCCUCGAAAACACCACUUUCCUUCCCCGCUUGCCGGACUACCUCCAUGUGCGUGAAAAACCGACAUUGGAAGAUUCGCGUGAUGCCCCCAAGCGCAAGCAAUUUGACGUCAUCAUCGCACCCCACUCUCUCCUCGGAUACGAAGAAGAAUACGAGCGCAAGGAGUAUGUGGAGAAUCUAUGGGCACUCCUGAAUCCUAAGGGAGGUGUUCUGAUUCUUCUGGAGAAGGGACGUCAAAAGGGCUUCGAGGCCAUUGCCGGUGCCCGUGAGAUGCUGCUCAAACGCUAUAUCGCCAGUCCUGGCUCAACAGAGUACAACAACUCCCUCGAAGCUCCUGAUGAGACCGAGCCCGUGGUAAAGGGAGCCGGUAUGAUCAUCGCCCCUUGCACCAACCACUCAACCUGCCCCAUGCACAACCCUGCAGGCCCAUCAAAGGGCCGCAAGGACUACUGCCACUUUGAGCAGCGGUACAUUCGCCCCCCAUUCCUGCAGCGCAUCAUGGGAGCCAAGGAUCGUAACCACGAAGAUAUCAAAUACAGCUACCUUGCCGUGCAGCGUGGUGUAGACAUGCGACAGGAACUUGGUAUUCAACAGAAUGCUGAAGCAACGGACGCUGCCUUUGAAGGGUUUGAGGAUGUCGAAGACCCGUCCAAGAUCCACCCGCUUUCUCUUCCACGUGCUGUUUACCCACCUCUCAAACGCCGCGGUCAUGUCAUUUUCGAUUUGUGUACCCCGGCUGGCAAGAUUGAACGCUGGACUGUUCCCCGUUCUUAUAGUCGCCAGGCCUAUCGUGACGCUCGCAAGUCAAGCUGGGGUGAUCUUUGGGCGCUUGGUGCUAAGACCCGCAUCCCACGCAAUUUGAACUUGGGCGACAAGCAUGGUGAAGGCAAAAAGGAGCGUUUAGCUCGACGAGCUGCAGACAGGGCAGCUCGCGAAGAAGAAGAAAUGGAUGAGCAUGAGCGUGACGAAGACGAAGAUGAUGAGCUUGACGAGGGUCAAAGCCGCUCGGCUCUUCCUGAGCCAGCUCCGCGAAAGAGAGGCCAGAAUAUACCGAGCUGGAAGAAGCACAAUGACAAAAAGAAGAUGAGACAGGCAUUAAAGAGACAGGUGGAUGCUGAAAAUACUCUUUAA